CUGUAUUUCAGUACUUUCAAACGGAGAGCAGUGGAGAGAGAACUGCUAAGCCUCAGAGUAUCUCCAGAUAGACGCUACCGGCCAGGCAGGCUGGUUCUGCAGUGAGACAGUAUCAUGGAGGGAAGCAGUGGGGCUGCUGCAGCAGUAGGGAGUGCAGCUCUAGGACUGUUAGGAGCCACGGCCAGUCAUGAUGUCCCCGACAGUGCUAUAUGGAUACCCCUGAGGGGACUGAGGCCUGGCAGACACCCAGAGGAGGACGACUUUGUGCCAGAGCUGACCAGGAGUAUCCACCCCAGAGAGAGACCCGACUGGGAGGAGACUAUCAGCGCUAUGGCGCGGAGUGCUGAAGUACCAGAGCUGAGUUCAGAGCCACUCCUGCGGUCCUGCAGUAGCACAGCAAGCAUGAAGGUCAAGAACAUUAAAAAACUUUCGUUCACAAAGGGCCACUUUCCAAAGCUGGCGGAAUGUGCCCAUUUCCACUAUGAAAACGUUGAUUUUGGGAGCAUACAGCUGACCCUUGCUGAGGAGCAGAGUGAAAUCACGUGGAAUGGCCUGGAGUCUAAAGAGCUGGUGUAUUUGGUCCAGAUCUACUGUCAGGGGCGGAGCUGGAUCGUAAGGCGGAGUUAUGAGGAUUUCCGUGUCCUGGACAAACACCUCCACCUCUGCAUCUUUGACCGCCGCUUCUCACAGCUGCCUGAGCUCCCCCGCUUUGACAGUCUGAGAGAUAAAACAGAGACGGUUUCCCAGAUGCUUAUGGCUUAUCUCUGUCGUCUGUCAGCCGUCGCUGAUAAUAAGAUCAACUGCGGGCCCGCUCUCACAUGGAUGGAGGUGGAUAACAAAGGGAACCAUUUACUCGUGCACGAGGAGUCCUCCAUCAACGUCCCCGCCAUCGCUGCCGCUCACGUCAUCAAACGCUACAUUGCACAGGCCGCAGAUGAGCUCUCCUUUGAGGUGGGUGAUAUAGUGUCAGUGAUUGACAUGCCUCCUAAAGAAGACACCACGUGGUGGAGGGGCAAACAUGGCUUUCAGGUCGGCUUCUUUCCCAGCGAGUGUGUGGAGCUGAUAAACGACAAAGUCCCGCAGUCUGUCACCAAUUCAGUGCCAAAACCAGUGUCCCCCUGCUCUGCUCUCCGGCCGGCCUCCUGGAGUCUGUUUCCACCCUAUUUGGAGAUGGAGAGCAUUAAACAGGAGAGUGCAUGGGCUCCAGACCCCUUGAAUCACUACAGACUGAGUUCAGUGUCAAAGAAACACGGCAAGCUGAUCACUUUUCUACGGACCUUCAUGAAGUCGCGACCCACCAAACAGAAGCUGAAGCAGCGAGGGAUCCUAAAGGAGAGGGUGUUUGGCUGUGACCUGGGCGAACACCUUCUCAACUCAGGCCAUGACGUUCCUCAGGUCCUUAAGAGUUGCACAGAAUUUAUUGAGAAGCAUGGAGUCGUGGAUGGGAUAUACCGUCUCUCUGGAAUUGCUUCCAACAUCCAGAAACUCCGGCAUGAGUUUGACUCUGAACAGGUCCCAGACCUUACCAAAGAUGUUUACAUCCAGGAUAUUCAUUGUGUGGGGUCCCUGUGCAAGCUCUACUUCCGUGAGCUGCCCAACCCACUUCUGACAUACCAGCUCUAUGAGAAAUUCUCGGAGGCCGUGUCAGCAGCAACGGACGAGGAAAGGCUAAUCAAAAUACAUGAUGUCAUCCAACAGCUGCCUCCUCCGCAUUACAGGACUCUGGAGUUCCUUAUGAGGCAUUUGUCUCAUUUGGCAACAUUCAGCUAUGUAACUAACAUGCACAGUAAGAACCUGGCUAUCGUCUGGGCACCCAACCUGCUCAGAUCCAAACAGAUAGAGUCGGCCUGCUUCAGUGGAACGGCGGCGUUUAUGGAGGUGCGCAUACAAUCAGUGGUGGUGGAGUUCAUCCUGAACCAUGUGGACGUGCUCUUCAGCCCCAAGCUGAGCUCACUAAUCAGAGAAGGAGCAGGACACAACUCGUUAUCUCGUCCAAAAUCUCUGCUGGUCCCCUCCCCUUCCACUAAACUGCUGACCCUGGAGGAGGCGCAAGCCCGCACCCAGGCCCAGAUUAACUCUCCUGUCACUGCAGACAGCAAGUACAUUGAGGUGGGAGAGGGCCCUGCAGCUUUACAGGGCAAGUUCCACACAGUCAUCGAGUUUCCCACCGAGAGGAAAAGACCACCCAUGAAAUCCAAGAAGUCUCCAGUGGGUAGCUGGCGGUCUUUUUUCAACCUGGGCAAGUCGUCAUCCAUGUCCAAACGCAAACUGCACCGCAACCCCAGUGAACCAAACGAGCUCAAGGCCAUGGCCCUAGCAGGAGGCCGAGGAGAUACUGGGACUCUUCGAUCGGCCAAAAGCGAGGAGUCUCUGACAUCAUUACAUAACGUUGAAGGAGAGUCUAAACUGUAUCGACCCCGUCGACCUCGCUCCAGCAGUGACGCCCUGUCGGCCUCCUUUAAUGGGGAUCUCCUGGACAGCAGACAGCACUGCAACUCAUACGACAACCUGGAACCAGAUGAUGGAGCUGUGGAUGAUGGCCCGAUUUGUGUACCAGCACUCAUCUCACCCCCACGCUCUGCUGAUGAUGUGGAUCUGAGCCCCCCUGACAUUGGCAUGGCCACUCUAGACUUCGACCCCAUGUCCUUCCAGUGUAGCCUGCCUGUCACUGAGCCAGAACUUCCGUCACCUGACACAGGAGAUGCCAUCAGUCUGAAGAGGAGUACUGGUGUUGCCAGUGGAUCAGAGCCUGCCUCACCCAGUCAUGAAAAGGCUAGUAGUCCAUGUUUGUCCACUGAACUCAGUCCAGACUUAAGGCGCAAAGCUGAUGAUAAGGACAUCAUCUCAGCCUCUUCCUCAGAGAAAACCACGAGCUGGUCACCUGCCAACACAGCGCAGCUGGGCAUCUCAGAGCCCUUGUCUCUCUCUUUGCCUGGUAAAGGGGCAGAGUGCCUGGAUUUCCAGCCGUCCUCUUCUCCUUCAGUACCCCCAGAUUCUCCAGGCCAGCUGAGCUGUUUGUCACUGAAAGUCUGUGAGCUCCCUCUGAGUGAAGCCAUACAGAUUGAACUCAUGUCUAAAGCUGCUGCCACUGAGAGUGCGGAUGCUAGACAUGGAGCUGAUGUGGAGUUACAAGGGCUUACCCGAUCUGAAAGCAGUCAGACAGGAGCUCUGGAUUCCACAAAGGGCCCCAUCCCAGUCACCUCAGUUUCCAUCCUUCCAUCCAACCCCCCACCAAAGAACACCGCCCGUAUGUUGGCCCUCGCCCUAGCAGAAUCUGCCCAGCAGGCCACCAUUCUCUGCCAGAGGAGACCAUCUGAACCCCUGGCUCCACUAACUCCCAGUAGGCCACAUGAGUCACUGGACACCCUCCCCCUGCAGUCACAGCUCUCCUCAGAAGACAGGGCCAACUCACCACAAAUUCCAGUCUGUUCCUCACCUCCUCCUCCCUGCACCCCAACUGAAAAACCUCAGUCCACCAGCCUGCUCCUGGGCACGGACAGCAGGGCCACCAUCUCCUGUGAUAGCCAAGAGGUUAUCUCGCAGGUGGAUAUGAGGCAGAGCGUAGCUCCUACUGGCCAGCCUGCUCAAGCAUCCCCUACACAUAAGAGUCCGGAGAGACAGCCACCUGCUGUCACUCAAUUUUCUGUCAGUGGACACUCUGACCCCAUCACUGCUGCCCCCACCACACCCUCUAUCAGCAGUGCCAAGACGACUGAAGACACGCCACAGUCCUGCUCUGAGAUUCAUUUGAGUGAAGAUGUCCAGCCACCUCUGGUCUCUAAAACCUCUGAAUCUGUGCCCUCCAAGCACUCUGAACAGCCAGUUGCCAUUCUCCAGCCACAGCUCCAAAUGCAAAGUCACUCCCACCAGCACUGUCAAUCAAAGCCCUACCCACACCCACAGCCUCAGACCCAUUCUGCACACCAGCCACAGCUUCAGUCCCAGCCCAAUGCCAGGAUCGCACCUACUCUUGCAGCACCGGCUGACACUGUGGAGAAACCAUGGGAGGCUAUUAAGCCUGUGCAGUUACAAGUAGAGAGUGUUCCCCAUCACCAUGGUCAUGGAGCCAAGCCGCCGACUCCGCCAGUUCGCUCGAUCGAAAGUAAACUUGCUACAGCGGCCCUCAGCAAGACAGAGGCGGGCAGCGCAGCUAACUUUCACGCUGUCUUAGCAGAGGCCUCUGUUCCAGGUUCAGGUGAAGAGGCUCUACCUCAUCCUCACCCGCACCCUCAUAAGUCUUCCACUCAUCAGUCAGCUUAUGUUUACCACUCCAAGGGAGAGGCAGCACUAAUGGAGCCCACUGGGGAGGCUUAUUACCACCACAGGGUCAUCCCUGUAGGGCACUCACCCAUGGGUUACCAUUAUCGACCUGAGAGCGUGCCCCCACAGCUCCCUUACGUGUCCAAAUCAGAGCCACAGAUUCCCUAUGGUACCAGAAACGACAGCCAAUACAACACUAUUGGACCCAGGUCCUUCCACCACUCCAUUAAGUCUCGUGGACCACCAAGAGGUGAGUACAUCUCUCCAGGCCCAACCAUUCACCGCAGCCAUGCCUAUAGCUCCAUGGACGGUCCUGCUAUGUACCCCACCAUUCGCAGGGUUCAUUCAUUACAUGUGCCGCCCACGGCCAUCCGCUCUGUGCCAAUCUCCAGAACCGAAGUUCCUCCUGACGAUGAACUGUUUUACUGCCAGCGCCCAGUCUACCACUGCAAGUCUUACCAGCAGCCUUCCCAGGUCGAUUAUCAUGUCACUCAGCUGCAGCCUUAUUUUGAGAACGGGAGAGUUCAGUACCGGUAUAGCCCCUAUACUAGUUCCCAUCCUCUUGAUGCCCCUUAUUACGACGUAGACCAUUAUGGGACCAUCCGCUUACGACACUUCCACUCGUUCAGUGGGCGAGACCUUGGACCUCACCUCAGCAGGUCUGGGGGCAAGUCCGGAGCCUAUCAUUACCUGUCUCGCCACAUGUUCCCAGCUGGGAAGGAGCACAGCUUUGUCAGCAGAGACAUGCCUCCUCUCUACGGCUCAAAGGGAGCGUUCUACUUUCCGUGGGACCUGGAGGAGGCAGAGAGGCUUCGAAUGCACUCCAUUCGGCGAGAGAGUCGAGCAAGGCAAAAGGUCAAAGCUCCUGUCAUGUCUCAAUACGACAACGUGGGACCCUUCAUCCCUGGUGAUAUGGGGGGCUUGGAAAUGUUCCACUUGCGCAGUAAGUCUGAUCCCGGUAAGGCCGGUUUCGUGGGCGCUGAGGGAAAGGAUGGGCGGUACAACAUGGGACCUGUAUCACAGCAUGCCCCCAGACACAUGAUCCCAGACCCAGACAUUCUUAUGUAUAUGGAAACGGAGAAGCACUGCGCGGGAAAUGGUAUGAGUGACAAAGCUUUUGCGUCUAAACAAAGUAGCUCUAGGGCCCACCAGUCCUCUCAUUCACAUCAAGCCCAACGGAGCCUGCAGCAUCUGCAGGAGGCUGCACGUUCUGAUUCCAAGUUUGAGCCAACAGACAAGCAGCCAAGUGCAGGCGUCAGCGUUAAACACUGGCAGGAGCACACAGAGCCAAGGGGCUUUCCGCCUCGUUACGACCGGCCUGAUCCGGAAAGGCACACAGGUAGGGUCAAAAUCGUCGGUGGCAGCGGUGAAGAUGACAAACAGACUGUGCCUGUGAAACCUGUACCCCCUCCCAAACCUGAAAGGUCACAUGUGGUCAGAGAGCAGCAGCAGUACAAUCAGCUGCCUUCUCAUGUGCCAGAGAGCCUGAACAGAGACUGUGGCGGACCUUACAGCCACCAGUCCCAGAGACAAAACACCGUGACAGUGCAGUCCCACUACGAUAACCUGGACGACUACCACCCAGUACCUCAGUCACAGACCCCCGUAACAAGCCGGGGAGGACCCUGUUCCUUCUCAACCACUGAGUUUUCGGCCUCGCACAGUAACCGUGUGUACUCCACUGCCUUGGGACAGGGUGCCUUUGUCCAGGCUGAGCUGGCCAUGCAGAGGCCUGAGACAGAGAUAAACACAGAGUGAGCAGACUUUUCAAGAACACUUUAAUGAGCCUUUUGACGUUGUUAAAGAAGAUAGAGUGAGAUUUCAGCAGCCUCUGCAGGACAGUGGACUGUCUCCUUACUGUUUCCAUCCAUUUUCCUUGAAUUUUUUAAAAUGGGAUG